AUGGAUCUCCAACGUAAUGCCCAGACAGUUAUUCAAUGUGACCUGUGUGAGACUGCUGGGGUACAGAUGCUUUGUGAUGUCUGUAAUGUCAAUUUAUGUAUAAAUUGUAUUGGAAAACAUGUUUCUGAUGGCUACGACAAACACAACGUGGUUCCAUUCAAAGUACAGAAAUCAACCUUGAUUUUUCCAAGGUGUACAAUACAUCCUAUCAAAAGCUGUGAGUUACAAUGUAAGGAUUGCAACAUUCCCAUUUGUUCAUUUUGCUCGGAAUCCAAACAACACGAAGAACACGAACUCUUACCUCUUUUAGAAAUGUUUGCUGCAAAAAAAGAAUUCAUUGAAAACGAGGAGAAAGAAUUAAAGAACUAUGUUUCCUCAACAUAUAGAACAAGGGUUAUUGAAAUAGAAGCUGAGAUGACCAGGAUACAUGGCGAUUAUGAAAAACUUUGUGAAUUUGUGACAGAACGGGGAAAACAAUGGCACAGAAUGAUUGAAAAAAUCACUAAAGAAAUGCUAGAUGAAAUUAAUGAGAUGAAGAGCAGACACCAGAGUAUUCUGAAACAACAUCUCGAGGAAAUCAAAAUGAUACAGUCUCUUAUUGACCAAACACUGCUUAAUAUAAAUGAAAUCAAGGAAUCUAAUGAUGUGGCCGUGGCUGUGGAGUACACCUCUAGAGUCAAAGAAUUUAAUAAAUUUCCCCCCAAAAUUCAAAUAUUCCUACCCACCUUUAGUCCACAAUAUAUAGACGCUGGACUGGUUCACAAAUUAUUUGGAUCUUUAACACCUUUACUUGCCAAACGAGAAGCGGAAAGUUACAGACUUCUGAAUCCUGAAGCCACAGCAAAGGCACUGUUGGAAGAAUCAAAGCUGAUCUCUUCCAUAAAUACUGCAAGCACAAAUCUUCGCAGUGUAACAUGUCUUAAAGAAGAGGAAUUCUGGACAUGUUCAAGGGUCAGUGGUUUAAUACAAUGCUUCAGCACGCAAGGCUUACUCGAAUCUUCUGUCAAAACCAAAUCCAGAGAAUCUCCAAACGAUAUAGCUUUGACCAGUGAAGGAGAUUUGUUAUACACGGACUGGAAAACAAAAACCGUGAAUAAAGUGAAAAACAAAAAAAUAAAAGAAAUGAUUAGAGUACAAGGCUGGAUCCCUAACAAUCUCUGCGUGACCUCCUCUGGCGAUCUACUGGUUACCAUGUACAGUGAUGAUAAAACAACUCAAUCUAAAGUUGUCCGUUACUCUGACUCCACCGAAAAAGAUACAAUCCAGUUUGAUGAUGAGGGUAAACCACUUUAUUCUGGAAACAAGCUCUCUAAAUAUAUCAAUGAGAAUAGAAACCUGGAUAUAUGUGUGGCUGACUAUGGAGCCGGUGCUGUAGUGGUGGUCAAUCAGGCUGGAAAACUCAUGUUCAGAUAUACUGGCCACUCCUCAACUAUUAAGAUAGACCCAUUUAAGCCAAGAGGAAUCACAACAAACAACCAUUAUCAGAUCCUGACAGCAGAUUACGAGAACCAUUGCAUUCACAUCUUAAGCCAAGAUGGACAUUUCCUCGGUUACGUAGAUGAUGUGACAACCCCAUAUGGUCUGUGUGUGAACGAAAGUGAUUAUCUCUUUGUUGCUGAGGAUUAUACAGGAGAUGUCCUGAAAAUUAAAUAUGUCAAGUACUAG